UUUCUUCUUCAAGCUAAGCCAUCUUUCUUUCUCUCUCUCUGUCAGUUUCUCUCUGCAAAUUCAUCCAUUCUUUCAACACAUUGCCAUCUCUCUCUCUCGGCGAUCCAUUGCUAAUCAUGAGCCGUUUCAGAAGAAUUGAGAUCAUCGAGCCUUCGCCGUCUUUCUUUAUCCAAGAAACCUCAAUUUACGCUCCAAAAUACCCUUCUCUUUCCUCCCCAUUCUUCCCCUCUUUCUUUGCCGAGGAUGAGCUCGAUAUCGCUCUCGAUCUUCUCGCUCCAAGACCCAGACCUGCACUAGUCGAUUUCCUAUCACCUGUUGAUGAAUUCGACGCCAUUUCCGAUCUAAUUGAGAUCGAGAAAGUCCCUUUCUACACAUCUACUAGGAGGGUUCACCGCCAGAUCGACCGGUUCUCCGCCGGAGAACACCAUUUGCGAGGACUUUCCAACCGUGUUUCCACCCUCGAGCGAAGUUUCGAUCGGCUGGUUAACCCCAAGUCAUUCGCAGCUGGAAGUGACCGUAAAUACACUUGGACGGCGGAGAUCGAGGGCAAGGACAAGUAUGGUUUCGAUCGGAAGUAUAAAUGGACGGCGGAGAAGACUAGUGGUAAGAAAGUGGAGAAGAAUUAUAAGGUGACGGCUGAGAUCAAGUCUAAGGAUAAAGAUGCUCCUUUUACCAGGACAUACACCUUCAGAUCUACUAGCGGAACCCAUGAAGAGAAGAAAAAGGAAGAAAAGAAAGUUGAGAAAAAGGAAGAGAAGAAAAAAGUUGGUUCUGUUCGUGUGGUUGAGAUUGAAGAACCCUCUAACCAUGGAGUUGUUGUCUUAAGACAUGCAUUUGCAAGGAGGUUGGAGAAAUGCAAGGGAAAAAGGAAGGAACUGUCUGUUCAAGAUGCUGCAUUACUGAUUCAAAGGACUUUCAGGGCUUAUUUGAUCAGGAGAUCUCAAUCUCUUAGAGCUCUAAGGGAUCUUGCUAUAGCUAAGGCAAAACUGAAGGAACUCAGGGCAUUAUUCAACAACUUCUCAUACCGCAGGCUUGUCUCUCGAGAUGCUGAGGAAAGACAGAGGUUCUCUGAGAAGAUCAUUGUCUUACUUCUCACAGCUGAUGGGAUUGAGGGUGCUGAUCUUAUGGUGCGAGCUGCUAAAAGGUCAAUUGUUGAUGAGCUUGAAGCAAUGCUGGAUGUGGUUGAUCCUCAACCACCGGGUAAGUCAAUCUACUCGAGGAGGAGAACAUUUGACAUGCCCGAUGGAAUCAUCAAUAAGGAUCUAAUUGCUGGUGUGGCUGAAGUUGUUCAAAUGCUUAACGAGGAAGAAGAGCAUGGUGAACAUCUUUAAAGGGUCUAUCUACUUUGCACUUGUUUUGAGUUUGGUUAUGUUGUGACAUCGGCAUGAACAUUGAGUUAUUCUGAUUUUAUUCUGAAUCUCUGUUUUAAGACUUUGAAUUUGUAUAAGUUAUGUAUUGUAGAAGUAAGGUACCAAGAGGAUUAUGUUUCUAACGUUGAUGACUUGCUAAUGUUGUUUUAAUGGUUU